AUGAACCAACCACCCGAGCCCGGCAAUGCCAGGCAGCAAGCUUUUACUUUUUUGAUACCUUCUAUUAGUCUUGAUGGAAGUUCAAAAUACCCUCCUUUUUUCGAUGCAUGUAUUGCUGGUGGCAUUGGUGGUUCAACUGCUGAUUUUAUUAUGCACAGUGUGGAUACAGUCAAAACAAGGUUACAGGGUCAACCCCACAGUAGAAUUCAGAAAUAUACAAGUAUGGUUCAAGCAUACAAGACUAUAUUUAAACAAGAAGGCAUUAUGAGAGGUUUAUACGCUGGCGUAACCCCAGCCAUGAUUGGCUCAAUCCCCGGCACAACACUCUAUUUUGCUGUUUACGAAACAACCAAACGCACUCUGAACGAAGCCCAUGUGCCUGAAGUGCUGUCUCAUUUAGCUGCUGGAUCGCUCGGUGAUUUGGCUGCAUCCGUCAUUUAUGUUCCUUCAGAAGUGCUAAAAACUAGAUUACAACUACAAGGCAGAUAUAACAAUCCACACUUUGUGAGUGGCUACAAUUAUAGAAAUACAUGGCAUGCAACAAAAAUGAUUGUCAAGUAUGAUGGAUUUGGCGCAUUAUUUCAUGGAUUUAGAGCAACCAUAUUACGAGAUGUACCGUAUUCUGCUAUUCAGUUUGCAUGCUAUGAACAAUUUAAAAAGAUUGCGCAAAAGAGAUAUGAUCAAGUGCCGAUGGGGGUAGACAUGAUCACUGGAUCGUUGGCAGGAGGAAUAGCAGGAGCUGUCACUACACCUUUAGAUGUUAUGAAAACGUUAUUACAAACACAAUUAAGUGGAAACAGUGGCUCGGGUAGCAGCAAGAAGAAAGCACUAGUGACGACCUCGGCUACAUCAAAGCCUAUUGUCGUUGAUCCGCCCGUGAAGCAUUAUAAUGGAAUUAUGGAAGGAAUGAUAUGGAAUUACAAAAACCAGGGCUUGGCAGGAUUGUUUAGAGGCAUUGGUCCUAGAGUGUUUUGGACUAGUUUACAAAGUGCCAUCAUGUUUGUCGUUUACGAACAAGUAUUACAUCUCCAAGCAGAUCUAAGAGAAAAGGGAGACUGGCCACCGUCAAAAGCAGCAGAACGAAUCACACUAUAA